UCGCAUUCAAAUGAGAUAAUCACUUUGUUUAUGUCUCCUUUCUCUCGCGAUGUACACAGCCGAAGAAGUAAAAUCGUGGCUGAAACCAGCCCUCAAGUGCGACUUUUCGGUCACUUGUGUGCGCCCCAGCGAAAAGGGCGAGGGCUACAUGGGCGACAUCCUCUUCGUCCAAACCUCAGGCGCCCUACACCUCGACCUCGUCCUCAAAUGCAGCAAACGCAGCCAACAGCUGCGCCAAACCCUCCCAGUCCAGCACUGCUUCGAGAACGAAAUCCACUUCUACGACACGAUCUUGCCCGCCUUUGCCCGCUUCCAGCGCUCCAAAAACGUGAGUGCAUUCGACAGCGUCCCCGAAUAUUUCGGCAGCUUCACGAGCGACCACUUCGAAGUCGUGAUUCUUGAAAAUCUUAAAUCGUCCGGCUUUCAACUCCACGACAAAACCAAAGCAUUGUCGAGAGAUCGGCUCGAGCUGGUUUUGAAAGAAUAUGGAAAAUUUCACGCGAUCUCGGCCGUUAUGCAAGCCCAAGAUGCGAAUUUUUCAAAGCUUGUCAACGGAAUGCUAAACGUUUGGGAGGAAUUUGCGGAAAAAACCGACGCCGUGCAAUUUUUUGGAGCCCCAAUUGAUGAAAUUUGCAACGUGCUUUCGCCGGAAUUGGCCGAAAAACUCCGCCAAUUCAAGACUCAGAUUAACUACAUCUUGAAAGAUUUGCGAAAUGCGGAAAGUUUCAAAGUGGUGACACAUGGCGAUUGUUGGAGCAACAAUUUCAUGUUUAAGGGCUCGGAAGUGAAAAUUCUGGAUUGGCAAACGGCGAGGUUUUGUAACCCAGCUGCUGAUUUGUCGUAUUUUAUUUACGCCUGUGCGUCCGAGGCUGAUUUGGGCGAGUUUGGGGACUUGCUCAAGGUGUAUUACCGGAGUUUUUGUGAGUUUGGUCAAUUGUUGGGUUGUGAUUUGGGGGCGAGUUAUGGUUUUGAUCAGUUUGUUGGUGAUUUCAAAGUUUUUGGGAAGUACGGUUUGUUGAUUACCUUGCUGGCGGUCAAAGUGGCUCUGAGUGAGAAGGAGGAAGCCCCGGAUUUUGCCGAAACGGCCGCGGAUUUCGGAAACACGUUCGGGUAUAAAAACAGGAAUCAGAAGGAGUUGAAGGAGAGGAUUUCGUACGUCGUCGCACAUGCUGCUGGGUUCAAUAUUUUGUAAUUGUUCUAAAUAAAUAUUUUUUACUGAA